AUGUCACUGAUAUACGGCCUCGCGUGUGCGCAGGGCAAAUACUACGUGGGGCGGUGCGACAACAGGUCGAGGAUCGACGACCAUUUUCGCGGCAUGGGUGCCGCGUGGACGAAAAAAUACAAACCGUACCGUCGACUGUUCAUCGAGGAAUGUGGACCAUUUGACGAGGACAAGCACGUGUUACGACUCAUGGCCGAACACGGCGUUGAGAACGUACGCGGUGGGACGUUCAGUCAGAUCGUUCUCCCGAGAUCGCACCUCGAGAUUAUCGAACUCAUGAUGCGAGGUGCGGGUGAUCGAUGCUUCAGGUGUGGUCAGUUGGGCCAUUUUGUGAACCAGUGUCCGAACGUUGUGCCUGGACGCGCGGACGAACCGUGGUUGCAUGAAGAAGACGAGCAGCUCCUCGGUGAACUGGAACUAGGCUCGACCAUCGAGGAAACCGAUGAAACCGACUAUAAAAAAUGUUGGUGCUGUUUAAAAAAUAUUUGGUGCUGUUUUUAAUCCGUCGCACAUACAUAGCUAGCUAGAUACAGCCCGCGCGGAUGGGCUGGGCACCCAUCCAAUCAAUUAUAUAUUAAUAGCAUUAUAACUUGUAAUAUAUGUAUUCAUGAGGUAUCU